AUGGCCAGCGCUAAUAGGCACUAUACAGUGCAAGAAAUCCUCGAAUAUUUGGACGAUGGAUUUGACAUACCUGAUGAGGGGCUGGAUUCAGAUCUCGAAGGUUAUGAAGACGAGGAAGAUAGCAAUGAUUUACAUUUUGAACCGGACACUCUUGACGAUGAUGAAGACGAAGAACUUGAUCUUCGAACGAGGAAGACCUGGGAAUGUGAAGGCUUAGAUUGGAGCAGCCAAGGCAAUGAUUUGGAGGUGCCAUUGUUUAGCCGAGCUGUUGGACCUUCGAGGGUUAUGACAGAGGAAGCCUCGGCUCUUGACUUCUUUUUACUUUUUGUUGAUAAUCGCAUGCUGAACAACAUGGUGAGGGAAACAAACAGGUAUGCUGUUCAGACUUUAGAAAAACAAAAUAAAGAUCCUUCUAAAUGGGUUGAAGUCACCUUACAAGAACUGACAGCACUUUUAGGCUUUCUGAUUGCUAUGAGCAUUCAUUGUCUUCCGUGUCUUCGAGAUUACUGGUCAUCUGACUGGGUCCUGGGUGUCCCAGCUUAUGCCAACAUCAUACCCAGGAAUAGGUUUCUUGAAAUCUGGAGUAAUCUGCAUUUGUCAGACAAUUCAAAGAUGCCAAGACCUGGAGAUGAGAACUUUGACAAACUUUUCAAGGUUCGUCAAUUUCUUGAAGACUUGAAGACAAACUUCAAGGUAAAUUAUCAUCCUCACCGUGAACAAGCUGUUGAUGAGGCAAUGAUAAAAGAUAAAGGGAGAACCUCACUCAAGCAGUACAUGCCCAUGAAACCAAUCAAGAGGGGCAUAAAGAUGUGGUGUAGGGCAGACAGCACCAAUGGCUACUUGUGUGACUUCGACAUCUAUACUGGAAAGUCUCAGCAGGGUGUCCAACAUGGCCUGGGCUACUCAGUUGUCACCAAGCUGUGUGCAUCAAUAAAGGGGCACUGGUAUAGCAUAUUCUGUGACAACGUUUUCACCUCAUACAAGCUGAUAGAGGAUCUGUAUGUCGACUACAAGAUACUUUGUUGUGGAACACUUCGACAGGGCCGAAAAGAAUUCCCUCGUAUCUUUGACAAGGCAGCUCUGAAACCCUUGAAAAGGGGUGAUAUUUUGUGGCGGAUGAAAGGCCCAGUGCUUGCUGUUGCAUGGAUAGACAAGAAACCUGUGUUUGCUGCUGGCACAUACACCACUGCUCCCCCUCAGCAACUCCCAGAGAUCAACAGGAAGCAGAAAGAUGGCAGAAUACAAAAAGUUACCUGUCCACCCAUCAUCUCUGCGUACAACAAGUACAUGGGCGGUGUCGAUAAGAAUGAUCAAAUGAAAUCCUAUUACACCAUCCCAGUGUCUGGAAAAAAAUGGUGGAUUAGAAUUUUAUUUGAUCUUCUUGACAGAGCUAUUUUCAAUGCAUUUAUUCUCGAGCAGGAGUCACGUCACAGAAAGCGCAACUUGAAAAGCUUUCGUAUCAGUCUGGUCAAAGACUUGAUCGGUGACUUUUGCUCCAGGAGGAAACGCGGGAGGCCUUCCACUGAGCCCAUGUUUGAAAGGCAGGUUGAAAGGCACUUCCCUCAGUAUCUUCCUACCACUGAAAAAGGGAGAAGAAUGGAGAGGAGAUGCAAAGUGUGCUCUGAUGCCAAGAAAUUUAAGCGCACAAGCUACUUUUGCCCGGAGUGCAAUCUGGGACUUUGUGCCGCACCCUGUUUUUGCAUAUAUCAUCAAUCCUGACAUUGCUUGUUGUUUGAGCACUUUUUAAGGAUAUAUCAACUUAUUUCCUUGGAUAAAAAAUAGUUAUUUUUUCAAAUAAGUUGAUUUUAGUACUCUGACCAAUUUAUUCUUCAAAGUGAAUUGCGUGAGAUGUCAAUCAACUGAAGAAAACAAUCAUUUUUGGGGUAGAUAGGCAUCAAACAUUAUAUGUGUUUCAUAUCAAAAUGUUCAGUGGACAACAGUCUUCGAUUUGAAGUGGAUUUCAGAAUUUUCAUUUAAAAGAUAAAGUAGCCACAGCAGUGAAAUGAGAACAUUGUCUUUAUUAUGUCACACAAUUAGUAAUAUUUAACUUGAUAUGACAGCUGUCAAUCAAUGUUAGUGAUUUUUUUAAACAUCUUAAAAUGUAGCACAUCUACUUAAUAAAUAAUGGACAAGUUUGAGGGUGAUCCCUGAAACAUAACAUUUCUUAUAUAUUUUUUUGUCUUUUUAAAUAGAAAUUUUAAAAAUAGGCAAAAAUUAAUUUGGGCUGUAAAGGGUUAAGAGAAUGUCCUCUCCCAUUUUUGCACUGAAUUCCUCAUCAUCAGUAUUUUGUAUGGUCACCUAAAGGAGACAAAAGAAGUUCUCAAAAUCCUUCAGUGGGGGCAAAGUUUCUUAAAAAUUAACUGUUCCUAUUGGUAAGUUAAUUUUUGUCCAAGUCUUAAAGCAGUGUAGCUUGUAAUAUCUCAUUUAAAAAGGUGUAAUAUGAACUUUUCAGAAAAAAACAUUUUCCUUCAUGGAAGCUAAAGCUAUCUUGGAAACAAAUGGUAGAGAAAAUGUAAAAAUAAUAAUGGUGGGAAAAUUGCAUUCAUAUGAAAAGAAAGUAUUUUGGUGUAUUUAUAACCAAAUAUAUGCCAAAAACAGCAUUAAAAACGACUUGAUCGGAGAUUACCUAGGAGUCAUAAACAAGAAUACUGCAUUGAGUGUCAAGUUACCCAUCACUGAUUGGCUAAAAGCUUUAUUUCUCCGAUGUUCUAAUAAAGACAGUCAAUUUUAGCUGAAGUAUCUUCCUUUUAUGGUAUAGAAUCUAUUGUUCUAUAAGUCGGUGAAGUUUCAGAGGUUUGGAAUGUGCGGAAGUUAGGUUUUCAGAAGUUACCGAAGUCAGUUCAACUAGACAGCCAUCUUUGAUGAUAUCCAUGGCUCUCUCUCAAAAAAUCUCACUUGUCAAUAUUGUAAAUAGUGUAGAUAUUGUAUAUAGUACAAAUAGUGUAUAUAGUUUUCAUUCCAUGUUUCGUUUCAUCUCCUGGCUUUCGUGUGAAUGCUGUUUGUGGGUAAAUGUGCGUGUCUGAAAUAUGGCACAUGGCAUCACAGAGAGAUUUCUUCAGACAGUUUGCGUGUUGUGGCUCCAGAUGAAGUUCACUUCUGCGACUACAACUCUUCUAAAAAACAAAUAGGAAGAGGAAAAUCUGCCUGGCAUGCUGAGGAAAAAUUGUGCUGGAAAAAAGUGUAGGAAGUUAGAGGUAAGCGAAUCAUUGUACAUUACUGAACGAUGAAGAUGAAAUAGUUUGAAGUAAUUUUUUAGUGUACAUUACAGUGUCAUCAGCCCUGAGCUUAGCAGUCUGCAAUAAAUGAAAUAGUGAGAAAUUAAUUUUCUCUUUGUUGUUUCUGUUUAGGAAGAAAGAGCCAGUCUAACUGUUUGCCUCAACGAUUCAGCCCCCGAAAAUAAUUCAACAAUUUCAGCAUUGACAUUCCACCAUUUGAGGACAACAUUAACAAUCCAAGUUCUUGUAUGGUGCCUUCAGAAUCAAAGCAAGUCCAGGUUCCAGAUCUACUGCUGAGGCCUUACAAGAAUGCUGAAAAAAGAACACAACAAGUACUGAGGGCUAAAACGAUUGACCUUCUGGCAGAUUCUGCUAAUAAAUUUGUUCACUUCAAGGGUGAGAACAUUCCUCACUUUAUCAGUGAUUUGGUCCUCAGUGGAAAGUGAAGGGAACAUUUGGUGAAAUUUGCCAGACAAAGCCUGACACUGAUGAUUAUUCCUACAUAAACUUGCAGCUGAUUAUCACAGUUGCAAAGACAGAACUGAAAACAAAGCUAUUUGUUUGAAUUCUGCUAAACAGAUGCAAAGAGUACUGAUUGGGGGCAGUUUGAAAGGCAGUAAAAUCUCCUUCAGUGGCAUUACCUCAGACAUCUUCAAGUCCUGUGUUGAGGCAGCACAAGAUCUAGGCAGGAUUCAAAGCUAUCCUGAUGAGAAAAGAUGGCUUCUGUCAACUGUUGCCAAGGACUUUUCCUAUUCCACCUUGCAGUGAUAUUUCCAGUGUUCCUCAAAAACCAUAACAGCAACAAAGGUGCAUUGCAUACUUUUUGGUCGUGGAAGUGUUCCAUCAGACAAGUACAAGUUCACCUGCGAAUGUGUCAGUGCGCAAGUACUUGGAGAAUUAAGCGGAUUUCUCUAUCGAGAUGAUGUUUCACGGGCAUCAUCAUACUGUAGUGUUAUGGUUGAAGGUGAGGAGACAGCAGUCAGGUACUGGCAAGAUACGAUCAAGGGACUUGUGGACCAGUACCUGCUGGAAUUCCCCAAUGGAGUCAAAAGAACAUAUAUUUACAUCCACUUGCCCACCAAUUUCCAUAUGGACAUGAUGCUGGCAGGUUUGUGUGACCUUUGCGACGACUUUGGCCACAGUAAUUUUGAUGAACUGUGUCCACUUAUUGAAGAGAUAUCUUCAAUGUGUCCGGAUCUGAACGUAUCAUCCAUGAUAAAAGAUGUGCGUGCUUAUCAGACAUUUUUGAAAACCAAGUUUUCGAAAUUGGCACAAAAACAGUCACCGCCUUGAACUGUGCAUGUUAUAUGCAUUUAAUGCCUGCACAGAAGACCACAGAGCAAUGUGUGCAGAUGUUCCACCCUUCUGUGCUAUGUACAGCUCUCUAUUAAAAGAGAUUGAAAUGCUUCCAGAUGUUAGCAAAACAGAGCUGAAGCCAAGGUUAACAGAGCUGUAUGGAAUACAUCAAGACUAUUUGUCACAUUUGCUACCAACAAAACAUCAGGGUGACUACUAAAAGUUUGUUGUGAAGAAUUGAGGCCUGGAGAGUGUGUCAUGAUAAUUGCCUACAAAAUGAAACUUGAACUAGGAAAGCAAAGCAAAGAAAUCCAGAGGGACUGGUAUGGGAAGAGAGGUAUUUUUAUUUGCGUGGGUGUUACAUGAUUGCCAAAGUCUCGGACAAUGAGAAGAGCAGUGAAGUUUUUGACGUGUGGUCAGAAGACACCAAACAGGAUGCCUUUUUUUCUGCUAGUAUACAUUUAGUUGAAGCAAAGGCACUACAUGGAAAGGGGGAAAAGGGGUGAUCAUUUGCCAAGGGGGGUUAAUUCCCUGGGUGUUAUCAUGAUUGAGUUCACACACUUCCAAAAUGCAAGUUAUUGUUGUACCUAUUUAUAAUAGUAUGAAACUUUUCUAGAGGUCACUUGUUCAAGAUAAUAUGAAUAUUACUAUGCUGUCAUCUUCAUGUUUCUCUUACAUGUGCUCUUCUAUCUACAGACAAUGGCCCUCAUUAUCACAACACUGCUGUUUUGGCCUACCUUUGUGAGGUGAAUGAUGUAUUUGACCUAAAUCUUUUAGAAUACAACAGCGAUGGUGAUAGUGAAGCUGACAAGCCCUUGUCAAUGCUUUGGAAGGUAUAGAAGUAGCUAAGAUUCUUACAGUUAAAUUAUUAUAAAUGGCACCACAGUAGUUCUAGCAAACUUUGCGUGACCUUCUCUGUCAGCUCUUUUCCAGUUUCAGGAGCGUUUAGGCAUAGUCUGCCCUAUAUAAUCAAAUGCCUUCUUAAUUUGGCAGGCUAACCAUAUAGAAAGGAUAGAGGAAUCAAGUGAAUCAAGUAAAUCGAGUGAAUUCACCACAGGUAUUAAAGUACUGCUCACAAUUACUUCAGAAGAGUAUUAUCUACAUUACCUAUGAAGUGCAAAGUAAAAGAAACAGUAGUUCAACCGAGUUAGAUCAGCCACCUUGUGCAAACCAGCACAGUAGUUAUGAAUUGUAAAAAGACUGAAAAUCUCACAUUUCUUAAUUUUUUAUUUUCAGUACUUUACCUUAUAAUUGUAUGUAAAUAACCAGUAUAGUAUAGAAAAAGGAAUUGAACUGAAUUGAAUUGAAUUAUAACUAUAUAGUGCAAGUGUUCCCUUCUAGAUUCUUGAGCAACAAAAUUUCACCAUCUCAUUUCAUGAGGACAGCUUCAGUACAAUAAAUUAUAAGCUAUUAGUGAACAAAUGAUUUUAACUGGCCUCUAUAUGUUUUGUAUUUCAAAGGGUUUUACCUCUGAGUCAGAAUGUGAGUUGUUAACAAAGGCCGAAAUGAGUAGAAUGGAAGCGAGAGAUUUAAAAAACAAGGUAAAAUACUUCAACCUGUGAUAAUCUCAAAAGAUACAUACAUCGGGAUGGACAACCUAAACUUCAAAUGUCAGUUUUAUGGUCGUCAGAAUUUUUGAAACGGUAUCAAAACUAGAAAUCGGCAGAAAAAAUUAACUCAUUUUUUGUUUUGUUCUGUAGGAUUAUGACCUGAAGAAACUAACAUUGAACGAGUGGGUUGCCAUUGCCUACAAAGAAGGUCUCUACAUUGGAAAAGUAGAAAAAAUUCUGGCUAAUAAGGUUCAGAUCAACUUUCUGUCAGAGAAUGAACAAGGUGCUCUCAUCUGGCCUUGAGUCCCUGAUAAACAGGACAUUAAGGCCAUUUUUAUCUUCCACUGCAAUGUCGAAGUCACGCAAGCUGAUGAAGGCGCUAUAACAUUCAACAUCAAAAAUAUUAAGUUAAUCAAAGACAGGUUUCAAGCUUUUUCAUUCAAGUAUUUCUAAAAAAAACAGUUUCCAUCGAACAAGUCAAUUUUAAGUAUACAUCUUGACAACAAUGCAGUUGAAAGCAAAACCUGCAACAUGUCAUUGUUGUUGACCUUGGGUCAAAUUCCUACCUGAUGGGCUUGGGACUCACGUCUGAUUCAUUUAUCGCUGUCAGGUCAUAAAUAGAACAACCAAGGGUCAUGCACAACUGACAUUGUGCCCAUAUGCUUCACGUACAAUUUUUCAGUACCACUCACAAGUUUAAAUUUAAAGUAUUUAAUUUACAGCUUCAAAUCAAGAGUGUGAAAUAAAGUUAUUUUAUCACAUUUCAGUUGACUUUUAAAUAAAAUAAUCUUUAAGACACGCCAUACACCCGACCCUAAACUGCCUUUUCUCGCACCCACCCUACCACCCACAGGACUGUUUUCGGUAUGAACAAUUAGGCUUUGCAUUCACUUCAUGUGUUCAGCAUGCAAACUCAUGCAGGACUGGUCACCUAUCAAUUGUCAACAAAUGUAAGUGUAAAAAUACUAUAUAAUAAUGUGCGAAGAGACAGAGAACUUAACACCGAGUGGAGACACUGAAAGGCGAAAAUCAAUAUUGAGGAGACUUCAUCUUUCUUUGAGUUUCACAUGAAACAACAGAGGUGAGUUUAAUAAAAAGUUCAAUUGACAUGCAUUUCUCCUAAUCAAUGAAUUCAGAACAGAACAGACAAGACAGAUUUAAAAAAGACUUUUUCAAUAGCAAAAGCAUUUCCAUGUCUAUUUGAGGGAAAAAGCACAGACAUUGCGACAGACGAUCGUGCGCGUAUUUGGUGCAAAAUGGAAUAAGUUUAAAAUGAUUUUAGCUUAAGAAAAGUUCCACACUCUAGUUAACAACCAUCGGGAUCAUACCUUCACUUAAGAGCCGCUAAAACCUAAUGUUUUGACUAUUUACAGUUAAGCACAUUUAAAAACAACUUUUUCAAUAGUAAAAGCAUGUCUCUUUCUUCGAGGGCAAGCACGGACUUUGCGGCAAACGAUCAUAUUUUGGCACAAAAUGGAAUAAGUUGAAAAGAUUUAACAAAAAGUUCCAGACCCAGGUUAACAACUAGUGGGAUUAUACAUUCACCUCAGAGCCGCUAAAACCUAAUGUUUGAACUGUAAUACCUGGCAAAUUGUUUUGCUGGGGUCAACAUACAUGUACAUUAGUUUCUUUCAACUUAAAUGUACAGUAAUUCGCUCCAUGGGUUUCACUCUUAUAGACACAUAACUCUGUUACAACAAAAUAACGAGAAAAUAUCGUUUAGUUUGAGAUUUUAUCUUUAUUAUACUUAAUGAAGUUCCUCGGAGCGUUUUACUUAGGUGUACUCAAACAGAUACAUUCGUAAACAAAUUGUCUAACCUUUCUGCUCUUGUUGGUCAGACAUUCUUGAGUUCGUACUGGGAUUCUACUUGGUUCACGAUCCUACGAUGACGCUUCUGAAGAUGCUUUUUAUCAAGUUGAAGAGCUGAUAGCCCCAGUUGAUGKCUCCUUUGGUAUAACAUGAUUCUUGAUAAAUUCACUCAAAAUGUUUGGUCGUAAAUUGAUCUCUUGUAAGGCUUGCAGACUGCCCCGUUCUGAAAACGCUUAAUGUCCUUUAGUGUUGGUCUACCUUGAACGGUGUGCUCAUUUGUAUAUGAUUUCAUCGCCCCAGAAAUCAUGGAAUCCAUGCUAACUUUUCACGACGACAACUUCUGUAAAUUCCAUUUGCUGUACGCAUGC